UUGUAAAGUCACAUGAUCCAAAAUGGCUGCGCCCAUCGUCCCUGAAUGUGUUUAACGAACAAAAUCUUGACACUACCUAACGCGUCGAGGCAACAUAAUAGUGCACAACCUUUUUUACAGAUGGAGACGACUGUACAGGUGAAGACUGAGCCACUGGACAUUCCGGAGGACAGAGGUCAGCCGUGUGUGGACACCGAGGGGGAGGAGGGGGAGAUAGAGGAGACGGGGGUUGAUGAUGGCCUUCCCCAUCAAGAGGCCAUGGCCAGAGUGAACAGCACCAUAGCUGAACUCAUUGAAUCAGACCCACUGCUGAAGGACCUUCCUGGUGAGGUGACAUUAGAAGAGGUGAACUCGGCCAUUGCAGUGGAGUACGGCCAGGCCAUGGUGGUGGACGUGAUGCGGGCAGAUGGGGAAGUACUCAAGAUUGUGGUUGUGCAGGAUGCCAGUGUUCUUGAUCUGAAACAUGCUAUCAGAAGACAUGUCACUCUGCGUCAGUCCAGGAGAGGCGGGACAACCCUCAUCAGCUGGAGGUACAUCUGGAGGAGUUACUGGCUUUAUUUUGAUGGGCAGAAACUCAGCGACGACAGGAGGACUCUAAAAUCUUAUGGAAUUCGAAAUCGAGAUGAGAUCAUGUUCAUCCACAAACUUAGGAAAACAUGAAGAUAAAGGAGUGACAUGUUGGAUUUACAAAAAGAAGAGCCAUCAAUGUGAUUUUGGAAAACUUGAAUCAUCUAGAUGGACAGGAUAAUGUGAGUUGUCUUAGUGGUUCAGGAAAUGUGAGUCAUCUUUGUGGUUCAGGAAAAUGUGAGUCAUCUUUGUGGUUCAGGAAAAUGUGAGUCAGCUAGGUGGACAGGAAAAUGUGAGUCAUCUUUGUGGUUCUGGAAAAUGUGACUCAUCUAGGCAUGCUAGGUGGACACGGAAAUGUGAGUCAUCUUUGUGGUUCCGGAAAAUGUGAGUCAUCUUUGUGGACAGGAAAAUGUGAGUCAUCAUUGUGGUUCUGGAAAAUGUGAGUCAUCUAGGUGGACAGGAAAAUGUGAGUCAUCUUUUUGGUUCAGGAACAUGUGAGUCAUCUAGGUGGACAGGAAAAUGUGAGUCAUCUUUGUGGAUCUGGAAAAUGUGAGUCGCCUAGGUGGUUCAGGAAGAUGUGAGUCAUCUAGGUGGGACAGGAAAAUGUGAGUCAUCUUCGUGGGACAGGAAAAUGUGAGUCAUCUAGGAGGGACAGGAAAAUGUGAGUCAUCUUCGUGGGACAGGAAAAUGUGAAUCCUAAUGGGAUCACAUAACAAAAUGUGAAUCACCUGAGUGGGACAGGAAAGUGUGAAUCAUCUUGAUGGGACCGAAGACUGGAAUCAUUGAGGUGGGACAGAAAAAAACAGACAUGACACUGAGGAGAAAGAAGGAAAUGUGAUUCUUCAAGACUGGACUGUGGAAAAAGUGAAUCGUCUGUGAGUGAAUCAUUUGACUGAUAGUGGUGUGAAACAGUUUCUACCCCUGAUGUGUCAUAUUCUUCUGGAGGACUAGUGAUGUGAAUGAGUCUCUACCCCUGAUUUGCCAUAUGUCAUUACUAGGACUAGUGAGUAAAAUGAGUUUCUACCAUGUCUA